AGUUUAAGUUUUUCGAUUGCAUAAUUUAAAAAAAAAUUUUUUUUUUUUCUUUUUUUACCAUAUUGGAAGUUGAGUUUUCCAUUAUUUGCUAUCUGUACUUAAUAGUUAGUUAGCUUUUGUAAAUAUUGGAAUUUUCCUUUGUCUUACGAAAAUAGAAAUAAUUCCAAUAAUAAAAUUUUGAAGAACUUUAGUCCAAUAUUGUAAUAAGAAAAUAAAAAAAAAAAAUUUUUGUGUGGUGUUUUCAAUUGAUUGAAUUCAAAAAGUUAGGAAACUAAAAAAAAAAAAAAAUAACAAAAAAAGCAAAAAUGAUUUCAAAAUUGGUUGGUGUCAUAUUUUUUGCAUUAGCAUACGCACAAGUUCCAGAACAAUAUCCGGCUGGUGUUGAUCCAGCAAAAUGUCCAAAUUUUCCUAUUUGUGAUAAUGCUGCCUUACAUAAUAGUCAAGCAGUACCACGUACAUUACCAUUACCACCACAACAUUAUCAACAACCACAACAACAACAAUAUGUACCGGUACCGCAACCGCAACAACAAAAACCACAAUGGGUCGGUGUAGAACAUCAAAGAUCAUCAGUUCCUGUAUCUCAUAGAAAUACUGCAUUACCAUCAUAUAAUCCACCACCACCACCUCCUCCAUCAGUACAACAUUCAAUUCCAAGACCAGUCCAACCAUCAUAUCCUGUUCAUCAAUCCUUAUCACAUGAUUCAUCAUCACAAUGGACAUUAAAAAAUUUACAAUUUGAUUCUGAUGAUUUUUCAACAAAUUAUUUAUCAGAACCAGUUGCUCAUAAACAACAACCACAACAUCAAUAUCAACAGCCAAGACAUUAUGAGCCACAACCACAACAAUAUCAACAUCAACAACAAUAUCAACCACAACCACAAUAUCAACCUCAGCAACAUCAAUAUACAGCACCACAACAACAACAUUAUGCAACAAAACCUAAUCAUCAUUCACAACCACAAAAAGGUGGUGAUAAAUAUCCAGCUGGUGUAGACGCAAAAGCCUGUCCAAAUUAUCCAUAUUGUGGUUCAAAUGGUUUACCACAUCCAGCUGCACAUAAACCUGUAGCACCAUUACCUGGUUUUACAGAACGAUUAUAUCCAGCUGGUGUUUCACCACAAGAAUGUGCUAAUUUCCCUUACUGUUUUGAAUAAGAUUAAUUAGCAAGAAAACAAAAAAAUCUUAAGAGCAAAAAUUGCAUAUGCGGUUUCCAUUGUAUUCCUUUUUUUUUCUUUUAUACACUGAAUUUUAAUUUAAAAUUGUGAUAAUUUUGUUAUUUGUUUAUUCAUUUAACAAUUUCAAAAAUUAAUAAUUUUUUUAUUUAAUAAUAAAAUGAAGAAAAAGAAAAAAAAAACAACAUUAUUUAA